AAUUCCAUAAACACCCUUUGAAGAUUCACAGUGUCUGAACUUCUCUCAAAGUUACCAUGAGAGAGAGUAGUGAGUAGCGAAGAACAAGGCAGAGAGAGCCAUAGAUUCACAGAGAGAACCAGCGAAAUGCAAGAUCCAUCAAAUUCAAACCCUAACUCCCAAAAUGCUGCGAAGCCACCACCAGCUACGACUACGUCGUUCGCCAACCCCUCCAACAACUCAUUCAGGCCCUCCCACCACCGGCGAGCCCACUCCGAGGUCAACUUCCGGCUACCGGACGAUCUAGAUCUCGUCUCCGACCCAUUCGAUGCACCGUCGGGGAGUUUCGAUGAGAUCGGAUCGGAGGACGAUCUCUUCUGCACUUACAUGGACAUUGAGAAGCUUGGAUCCAACUUAAACGACGGCCAUAUGGAUGGACGGAUCGACAAUGCCGGCGGCGGAAGUGGCGGUGGUGGAGCGGUGACCGGCGAAGAUGAAAAGCCCGCGAGGCCUCGGCACCGGCAUAGCAAUUCAGUUGAUGGAUCGAUGCUUAUUGGUGAAUCUAUAGAGGCCAAGAAAGCAAUGGCUCCUGAUAAGCUUGCUGAAUUGUGGACGAUUGAUCCCAAGAGAGCCAAGAGGAUUCUGGCUAACCGGCAGUCUGCUGCUCGUUCAAAAGAGAGAAAGGCACGUUACAUCACAGAACUUGAGAGAAAAGUUCAGACCCUGCAAACAGAAGCAACCACCCUCUCUGCACAACUCACAUUGUUCCAGAGAGAUACAACAGGUCUGAGUAACGAAAAUGCUGAGCUAAAGCUUCGAUUACAAGCUAUGGAACAACAAGCUCAGUUACGCGAUGCUUUGAAUGAAGCACUGAAGCAUGAAGUAGAAAGGCUCAAAAUCGCCACCGGUGAAAUGACAACCGCCUCAGAUGCAUACAAUUUGGGAAUGCACCAUUUUCCAUAUAAUCAGUCGUCCUUCUUUUCACAACAGCCACAACUACGGCCUAGUGACCCCCAGAAGAUACAAACACCACAGUUUCAUCCCCUCCACUCUAACAUAUCAACCCAUCAGCGUCCUCAAUUCGCUGCAACCCACUCACAGGGCUUCUCAGAGAUGUUGCAGCAGGAUCCCCUAGGUCAAUUGCAAGGGCUUGAUAUCAAUGGCAGAGGCUCUCACUUUGUUAAGUCCGAAGGUCCCUCAAUUUCUGCCAGUGAAAGUAGCAGUACAUUUUGAUUCAAACUCUGCCGAUCUUCACAUGGCCUCACCCUGUUUGUUAAAUUGUUUAUAGACUAACACCUCGUUUAGCAUCCGUAACUAGUAAUUUUUAAGUUUAUUUUUCAAAUUUAAUUCUUUUGUUUAAAUUUGGUAUUAGGAGUUUUUAGGUGCUUACUGGCUUGGGUAAGUCUUGUGUUGAUCUAUUUGAUUCUUGUGUUGUGUAUCAUUUCCUGUUAUGUGAUUGUUUGUGGGGAUUAAACUAUAUAUUCUUAAUUUAUUGUUGGGGAGGCAGGGUUGGUUCUUCUGGUUUACUUUUACUAUCAGUGAUGACUGAAACCUGUUUUUGUAUCUUCACCAUUUGUUUAAUGUUAAUCUCUCUUUCUCAA